AUGUCGCGUUUAAUUUCUCUUUCCAGGCAUAGCAGUAAUGAAGACUUAUUUAUGAUUUUUGGAAUGAUGCUAUCAGGAAAUUAUUUGAAACUUUUGGUCAAUUUGUUGAAGGGGAAUGAAUAUAAUACAUUAAUACUAAAAAAUGUUUAUAGGCUUUGUCUGUCCAGACUUUGUCUUGCUAGUAAAGAAUUAUUUGUUUUUCAUAGGGAGGAAAAGGGAAUAACAAAAACAAAUAAUCCUCAAGAUGAAUCAAUUAAUAAAUUUACUGUUUGGAAUUAUGGAAAUACACCUAUGUUCUUGGAUAUUAUUCGAUGGAUUUGGGCAAGUUAUCAGAAAGAAUUGAAGCUAUGGAUUUUAUCCGAAACACCUGUAAGUACCUUCUUUCACUUGAAAAAUAAAGACUUAUUAUUUAGAAUAUUACCUAGGAUGGUAGGAUUAUGUAUGACCUUCACGAUCAACACCAAAGCUUCAUUAAAACAUCUUAAUGGCACCAUUAUUGAUAUCUGUCCAGAAUUUGUUAAGAAAAGGUUUAAAACAAAAGAACAAGAAUGUUCGGUGGCCAAUAUAAUUCAGUAUAAUGACAAAUACAUCUUAAUUGACUUUGAUAAUGCCACAGUUUCUCUUUCGGGAGUUGCUUUAUCUGAUGUCACAGAAAACAUGCCUCAAGAAAUUUCUGGAUUUUCUUGGAAUUUGCGUAAAGAUGAUCCAGGGAAAAGACCAUCUGCUUCUGAUGCACUCAAAGAAAUAAAAAUAUGUAUAGAAAGGUAA